AUGGAGGCCGGAGAUAAACUAAAAGAACUGAACAUGACAGUGGAUGAAAUCGACAGGCUCACAAACGCUUUCAAAGACGAGAAAUUCCGGGAAAUGCUGCUCGACUACACCCGAGAGUUAUCCGACCCGGAGAACAAGAAAAGGUACGAGGAGGAGAUCAAACUGUUGGAGCAGGAGAGAGGAAACACCGUCGAGUUUAUCCACCCGGAACCAUUCAGGGCCCUCAGGACGAGCGUGAACGGCAAGCACAAGUGUUUCAUCAAUAUCUGCAGCAAUGAAAAAGUUGGAAAGCCUGCCAGUACAUGGGCGGUGUCGGAGGAAGGCCGCAGAGGACAGCGCUGGUCUCUGCCCCACAGUCUGCACCCAGGGAGGCAAGACACAGACCCAAAGGGGAACAAGAUCGUGAUCUAUGAUGUUAUUUUCCACCCUGACACGCUGCACAUUGCAAGCAAAAACACCAGAUUCAUGGAAAUGGUGGACAGCACGGCCAUUCAGGGAAUCCAGGAUGCUUUUAAGGUGACUCUGGAUAAGAAUAAUGUGAGAGAGAUGAGCACAAAAUACAAAGGCACCCCGCAGCCUUGCGUCAUCCGGAGAGCCAUACCCGGGCAUAAAGCCAAGGGGGUCUCAGAGAAGCCUGACCCUCUUUCGUUCCCAUACCCAGACGACCAACGACCCUCCUCCUCCUCACAAACCAAGCCUACAGAAUCACCUGCGACGAAAGAGCCAACCGAGCCGAACUACACAGUCAAAUAUCGAUCUUUUAUCGACCUGCAGGACUUCAGGUGUUCUAGAGACUCUGCCCAAAGCCCCAGGCCCAAAGAGAUAGUGGUCACCGUCGACAUGCCUCUUCUGAAGGCGGUCACGGACGCCAGCCUCGAGGUAAAGGAGAGAAUACUGCUGCUGGAGUCCAAGAAACCAAACUACAGACUGGAGCUGCCCUUAGCCUACCCUGUGGAGGAAGAGAGAGGAGAGGCCAAGUUCAACAAACACAGAGGACAGCUUACGGUCACACUGCCGGUUCUUCCUUCCAGGGAAACUGUGGAUUUUGCUGCUCAGGCUAGUGAUGACGAGGAGGAGGAGGAGGAGAGGGAAUACCUGAAAAGUGAAGAGGAGGAGGAAAGAGACAUUGAAGAGGAGCAGCAGACAGUAGUAGAGAAAGGUGAGGAAGAGGAAGAAAGAGGUCGGGACAAAGGGGAGGAGGAGGGGAGGGAAGAAGAAAAUAGCAAAGGUGAGGAAAUUAGUGUGGAGGGAGAGGCGAAACGGAAGGAGCUGGUAGGAAGAGGCCAAGAAAGUGUGGAAGAGGAGAAAGUGACAGGGCAGAAGCAGGAAAACGAGGAAGAAGCCGGAAACAGAAACCGACAGAAACAUGAAGACACAGGAAGAAGCAGACAUAACCAAAUAAGGGAAGGUGGACGUGACGGAGCAGAGGAGACAAACGGUGUCAGAAGACGCGAUACCGCUGAACGACGUAUGGACGAAGAGGAAAACUCCUGUGUGGCUUCGCCGGAAACAGAAAACCAGCCUGUUUUAAUCACUGCUGAACGUCCAGGUCGCACAACAGAAGAGGGAGACGUACAUCUGAACUCGACGACCAAAACGAAGACUUCAGACGUCAAAGAGGAGACCGGAGAGGCGACGGAGACUCUUAAUGGAAGCCCGAAGGUGGAAACAGAAGCUGAACGUCUCCGUCACAGAUCCGGCGAGGCCGCGUCUCCCGUAAAAGCUGACACUCCAAACCAGAGCAACGUGACGGACUGCUGUAUCUCCCAGAGGACUGAGGAGUCAAGCGGAGGAGGUCCAGGCAACGGGGGGAGCGUCUUCCAAACCGCAGAGCACGACGACAGCAGCAGGCCACCGUCUGGGCUGUUGAGGGAAAUCGAUAAAGAUGGAAAUGAAAAGGUCAUCAGCGAUCAUUCCACAUCCGCUGGGUUCGUCUUCCAGAACUCCCUGAUGUUUGAGCUGGACUGA